AUGUCAAUUACCUGCUAUUAUCAGAACGUUAGAGGUCUAAACUCAAAAACAGCUACUUUUAGGUUAAAUGUCUUAAACUGUAAUUAUGAUAUUAUAAUUUUAUCUGAAACCUGGCUUAACGCUAGUGUCUACAACUCUGAGAUCUUCGAUGACAGAUACAAUGUUUAUCGGCGGGAUCGUUCCUCUUCAACACACUCAAAACAUAAAACAACUGGAGGCGGCGUCCUGAUAGCUGUAUUAAAAACCUUACCAUCACAGAGACUAAACAGUUUUGAAAGUGACUGCGAAGAUCUUUGGGUCUCAAUAAAAACUUCUAGAGGCAGUAAAUCUAUAAAUCUGAACAUUUGUGCUAUCUACAUUUCACCCCCUGUAAAACGAACUAUAUUAGAAACCUUUAUAGACAAAGCAACUGAAUCCUUGGAACAAAUUAUGUUGCAAAAUUGUAAUUCUACUUUCAUUGUAGGCGACUUCAAUCUUGGUGGUAUCAAGUGGUUUUCAGAAUCUAACAAACAUAAGGUGACUAAUAAAGGAAACAACCUCUUUAAAACAUUUAUAGAUUUUACUCACCUUAAUGGACUCAACCAGCUUAAUAAUAUAAGUAAUGUUAAGGGCAAUAUCCUUGAUCUUGUUCUGACCACAGAGACUAACUUGAGUGCUGUCAAUGAAAGUCAAUUUCCACUCAGUAUCAUCGACUCCUAUCAUCCUCCUCUCAUCAUAGAUAUCCCCAUCCCCUCUACUGCAUACACCUCCCCAUAUUAUGCAAAAGCAAAACCGUCAAGCCAAACUUUCGCAAAUGUGACUACACACUUAUUGAAGCAGCUCUUGAUAAUAUUAAAUGGCUCGAUGAAUUCCAUGCAUGCCCUGACGUCAAUAAAAUGA